AACAGUUUUAAUUUAUUAGAACACUUACCACUACACUGACACAACUAAUUUGAUAGUGCUCAAGGUUUUGGACUUCAAAAUCUGCAUUUUUUAACUGGGAUUUGUUUUAAGAUAUUAUAGUUUGUAAAUCUUAUGAUAGUUUGUGAAUCGAUAUAGGUAAAGGAUUAAAGUUGCAUGUGCACGAUGUCCGAGGACCGGCGCGGUAUGCAGCACAUGCUCCUGUUCUUCGGUAGCUGCAUGUGUUCUGUGAUCGCCGAGAAUUCCUUCUUAUUUAUUUCCUCAAACACAAUCCGGUCGGGUAAUGCUCUUACGAUCGAAGGGAAGCUACUUGCGCAACCUCCAUCCCCAGUCACAGUUGCCGCACUUCUUGAGCCUGCCCCGGAGCUCGAAUUUGAAAUAUGGCGCCCACGGCCUAUGCCUAUGCUACAGGGCAUGCAGGAAGCGGACCCACCGACGACUGCGGCAACAACAACAACCACUUCCGGUCCUGUCGAGCCGCUUAGUUCUGAGACCGUCAUCUUGUCUGACACAAAUUCUCAAACAAUCCUACUACCGAUCCCAGAGACGCUACAGGAAGGGAGGUACCAGCUGCGGAUCCGAGGGACUGGCGGUCUUCAGUUUGACAACACGACCAGCCUGGAGUAUGACGCCAAGAGCCUCUCCAUCUUCGUACAGACGAACAAAGCCAUCUACAAGCCCGGGCAGACUGUGCACUUCAGAGUGUUUGGUGUGACGUCCGAACUCAGGGUCAUCUUUGAUGACAUGAACAUUGAACUUUAUGACCCAGCAGGUAACAAGAUCAACCAGUGGACCGUACUAGAAGCUGACCUCCGUACUUCCGGUGGCGUGUUCGAGUCCAAUAUGGUCAUGUCGGAUGCUCCUGUCAUAGGUGACUGGAGACUGAAGGUCAAAUUAAGGACAGAAUCUAUGGAAAAAACGUUUACAGUUGACGAAUACGUGUUACCCAAGUUCGAGGUGUCUCUUGACUUGCCACCCUUCGGUCGCCUGGGGGACAGGGAUUUUAUAGGGGACGUCACAGCCAAGUAUACGUACGGUAAACCCGUGAAAGGCGUGGCUGACGUUCGGAUCCGACCCAAGUACCCUCAGUUUAACUGGAUCAACAACACUCGGAUCCUAGUCAGCAAAGAUAUAGAGCUACAGAUACCCGUUGACGGCACAGCAACGUUUACCGUCCCAACUAAGCGUCUUAGGGACUCGACACGCUGGCUGGACUACGGUUACAUGGUGGUUGAGGCCAAUGUCACGGAGACGCUUACCGGAAUCAAGCUAGCCACAAUGGAACAGGAAGUCCAGUUCUUCGAGAAGCCGACCAAACUAGAGUUUCCCCAGUCACUUCCGGAAAACUUCAAACCGGGGCUCGCAUAUACAGCUGUGUUGAAAGUAUCAGAACGUGAUGACUCGCCACCGUCGGUCAUCAACGGUCCUGUGUCCAUCAAAAUUACUUACCACCGACCAAUAAGAACUACAACGACAACAACAACAACGACAACUUCAACCACCACACCGACACCUGCAGAACAAUUUUUAGAGGGGUCCAACCUUACCAUGGAGACGCCUCCACCACUGCCAUUUAUCGAGCCUCUUAUCAUCCCGGACCGCUGGGGCUGGUGGCCCCGCGAGAACGAGGAAAAACUACCAGAAAAGCUUCUCACUAUCCCGCCCGAUGGCAUUGUGGAGAUUCCCCUCGAUAUACCUAAUGACGUCACACGCGUCAGCAUUGUGGCGGACUAUGACAACGUGGACGCUUACAAGUCCCUCCGGAAGUCGCACUCUCCUAGCGACACUUACCUCCAGUUGCUGAUGCGCACAAAAAACGCUGAGACGGGAGGCACGGCUGACAUAGAGAUUCGUUCCAUGGACCCACAUCAGACCGUGGCUAGUUACCAGGUGAUGUCCAAAAGGAAUAUCGUACAAACCGGCAAGGUGUCCCUAGUCGCCACCGUCUGGCAGCUGCCCCUCACCGCCGACAUGGCUCCCAAUGUCAAAGUCAUUGUCUACUACAUCCGGCCAGAUGGUGAGGUCGUCGCUGACGCUGUGUCAUUUAACGUGGAAGGGAUCUUUGAAAACGAAGUGACAGUAGAUUUCGACCAAACGCGUGUAGAGCCAGGGGCUGAGGUCACUUUGACGGUGACGGCGGACCCUGGAUCACGUGUUAACGUUCUUGCCGUCGACAAGAGCGUUUUGCUGCUGAAAUCUGGAAAUGACAUUUCAGAAAAUAUGGUCACAACAGAGUUACGAUCGUACGACACACAGGGCGGCGGUUUCCGGCCAUGCGGCUGGUUCUGCAUGCGAUGGCCCAUGCCGGCGGGUGGUCAGGAUGUUAGCCAGGUAUUCCGGAAUGCUGGCCUCGUCUAUAUCACUGACGCCAAUGUGUACGAGCACAAAGAAUCAUGGAAUGGUCCUAUAGCUAUGCCCAUGGCCCAUGGAGGCUUCGGCGGAGGGGCGAUGAUGAUGAGAAAUGAUGCGGCCCCGAUGGAGGCCAAGGCCGGACCGCCUCCCAGCCCCGCGGAAAUGAAGGAGCCGACGAGACUUCGAAAGUUGUUCCCCGAGAUGUGGUUGUGGGAAACACAGGAGGCACUUGCAAACGGAAGUGUGUCAAUCAAGGGCACGGUGCCUGACACGAUCACAUCCUGGGUUGCCACCGCCUUCGCCGUUCAUCCGGAAACUGGCCUCGGGCUCUCCAAGGCCGCUGCUAUACUGGAGACGUUCCGCUCGUUCUUCGUCUCCCUGCAGUUGCCCUACUCCGUGGUCCGAGGAGAGAAGCUCAUCUUACAGGCCAAUGUCUUCAAUUACAAUUCGUUUCCGGUCUUUGCGUACGUUUUGUUACGGCGUAACCCCGACUUUGACAAUAUCCACAUCUCAACAUGGUGGACUUCUGUCUACUCUACCAACGUCGCCAGAUUCGCCAUGGUGAAGCCGAACAGCGCGGCGACCGUGUAUUUCCCGAUAAUCCCCCGGGCUCUGGGAAAGAUUAAACUAACCGUCGAGACCCGUUCAAUAUACUCCGCCGAUGCCGUUGAAAGGAAGCUGCUUGUCGAGCCUGAGGGUACGGCCGGGGAGUACAACGUUCCAGUGUUGCUGAAUCUAAAAAACACCCCAGAUUUCACAACCACCGUACCGAUCACUUUCCCACCAAAUACUGUACCAGGAUCAGAGAGGAUCACUGUUUCAGUCAUUGGCGACCUGAUGGGUCCCAGCAUCAACGGUCUGGAGUCACUCAUAAAGAUGCCGUACGGCUGUGGGGAACAGAAUAUGCUCAAUUUUGCUCCUAACAUAUUCGUCACCAAGUACCUCAGUGUCACCAACAACCUGGACACCGCCUUGGCGGAGAAGACCAAAAACUACAUGAAGAAAGGAUACCAGCGUGAGUUGACCUAUCAACACAAGGACGGCUCAUUCAGUGCGUUCGGAGAGCGCGACCCCUCGGGAAGCAUGUGGCUGUCCGCUUUUGUCCUCAAGUCUUUUGUCCAAGCGCGGCCAUACAUUUUUAUUGACGAUCGAGUGAUGACACGCACGGUUGACUGGAUACUCAAACAUCAGAACUCCAACGGGACAUUCCAGGAGCCGGGCAAGGUGCUGCACAAGGAGAUGCAGGGAGGUUCCAUUGCAGGUGAGCGGUCACUGACGGCGUUUGUCCUUGCUGCUUUGUUGGAGGCUAGAGGUGUACAGGGGGUUGGCGGUCAGAAUGCGAAUUCGGUUGCCCUUGCAACAGCGUUUCUGGAGAGCGAGGUACCGGCAAUGACGGACGUUUACGAGCUGGCAAUCACGAGCUACGCUCUGGCGCUGGCAGGAAGUCGUCAGGCCGUCACUACGCUCAACCGGCUGCAGGGGCUUGCGACCAUGGAAGGCGGGAUGCGGUAUUGGAAAAAAACGGAAACGACCGUCAAACCCGCAGCUCACCAGUGGGACAAACCUAAUGGGAAAGCGCUCAGUGUGGAGCUGUCGGCGUAUGGCCUUUUGGCGCUGGCGGCUAUCGGAAACAGGGAUGAUGGAUUAUUGGUCCUCAAAUGGCUCACCAGUCAAAGGAACCCAAACGGCGGCUUCGCCUCUACUCAGGACACAAUCGUGGCACUACAGGCGCUCGCAGAAAUGGCGUCACUCGUCUAUUCCAAGACCUUCAGUGCCGUUAUCUUUGUCACUGGGCCAGCUGGAAGUGACAUCACAGAAAACUUUGCCGUUAAUGACGGAAAUUCGCUUAUAUUACAGAGCCGAGAGGUCCCAAGUAACAUUAAAGAAUUGACAAUAUCUGCAACUGGAACAGGGCUGAGUCUUGUCGAGGUGGGCGUAUUUUACCACGUGACACAAGAUGACGCCACGCCCACUUUUAACCUGAAGAUCAUGAUGCCAGAGGAGAGCAUCAAUCACUAUAAGGUUGAGGUCUGCACAAGCUACCUUAAGGAUGGGGCGAGUUCGAUGGCGGUGAUUGAGAUCGGAUUCCCAUCGGGUUUCGCAGCUGACAAAUCCAGCAUCAAUCCCCACCCCCUGCUGAAGAGGGUCGAGGGCGAGGAUAAGAAAGUUAUACUGUACUUGGACGAGAUCGGUCCGAAUGAAGUAUGCUUCAAUGCCCUCAUGGAAAGGGUUGGUCUAGUAGCCGGAGCACAGCCAGUUCCAGUAAAAGUGUACGACUACUAUGAGCCGGCCGACCACGUGACAUCAUUCUACGUACCGGAAGUGCUGCGUAAUUCCGACGUUUGUGAGGUCUGCGGACAGGAAUGUGACUUCUGCACACAGAGAAAACGUCCAAUGAUUCCAGGCACACCGGGGCGGGGCUAGACCAAAAUGGACAAAUCUUAUUAUUCAGCGCGUCAUACUAUAUGUAUUAAAUAUUUAGUUCAAUAUUUGUAAUGUAAUUGUUAUCAUAAAGAUGUUGUAUGAUACAUUCAGCCACAUUUUACUUUUUUUUAAUAAAACAUACGUUUUUGCCUAAAAUUUCACUAUAAUGAUGUGUUCAUAACAUGAUAGGAUAUUUGAUAACUAUAAAUAACUAUAAUUCUUUAAUUGUCAAUGCUAUUUUAUCUGCUUCAGAUCUGUAUUUCGUUUUUGUUCACUUGUCAUAUAUUUUAAUGUUUUAUAUAUUUAUUUUAAAAAUAAAAUUUGAAAC